UCAUUGGAAAGUGGAAGAUUUCCACAGAAGAAGACGUCUAGAGAUUGGAAUUAUCCAAACGUACCUCUCUCUCUCUCUCUCUCACAGUUAAUACACAGUCUUACCAUCAUCACCAUCAUCAUCAUCAUCAUCAUCUUCAUUAUUCAGCUCUAUCCGUUGAAAUCCCAGUUUUGCAGGUUGCUUUAGGUUAAGGGUUUUGGGGUUUGUUCUUUGUCUGAAAGGGGUGGACUAAAGAGCUGAUGAAGAUGGUGAUGUAUGAGAAGUAGAACAGUUAGGGCUGGUGCAGAAGAUGAGACGGGAGCAAGCGUGAUGCCGAGCUUCGAUUCUCAGUUAGCUGUUUCCAAUGCAGUUUGCACAGAGGGAAAUACAACCCAUUCUUUUCGCAUUUCUGAUUUCGGGGUGUUUGAUCAAGCAGUUGGAUUUCGCUUAGAGGAUGCGGUUAACGUGAGUGGAAAUACUGUGUUUAGUUCUACAAAAGUUAGUGGUCAAGCAGUUUCUUCUGAUCCCCUUCAUAUUUACACUUCUGAUAAGUCACCAACUUCACUUGAUAUAAAUCCAUCUACCUUCCGAGUGGAGCGUCAGAGAUUGCCAUUAGAAAAGGGUCAUCCAUCAAAUCUGGUUUCUGUAUCAAGUGGUAAUAUUGAGAACUGGGAAGAGUCUGCCAUGGCUGAUGCUAGUCCAAGGACUGAUAUCUCUACAGAUGUGGAGACAGAUGAUAAGAAUCAGAGGUUUGAUAGAAGUCAAUCUAUUGCUAAUGUGGCUUCCGAUUCCAGUGACAGAUCAAAGGAUAAAUCAGAUCAGAAGACUCUCCGCAGGCUUGCUCAAAAUCGGGAGGCUGCAAGAAAAAGCCGAUUGAGGAAAAAAGCAUAUGUCCAACAGCUGGAGAGUAGUCGUUUGAAGCUGACCCAACUAGAGCAGGAGCUUCAACGAGCAAGACAGCAGGGAAUCUUUAUAUCAAGCUCAGGAGACCAAGCCCAUUCAAUGAGUGGAAAUGGGGCCAUGGCAUUUGAUGUAGAAUAUGCACGGUGGCUGGAAGAGCAAAAUCGACAAGUUAAUGAACUGAGAUCAGCAGUCAAUUCUCAUGCAAGUGAUACAGAGCUACGUAUUAUUGUUGAUAGUAUCUUGGCUCAUUAUGAUGACCUUUUUAGGUUGAAGGGUGUCGCAGCCAAGGCUGAUGUUUUCCAUUUGUUGUCUGGUAUGUGGAAAACGCCAGCUGAGAGGUGUUUCUUGUGGCUUGGUGGUUUCCGCUCAUCUGAGCUCUUGAAGCUUCUUGUAAAUCAAUUGGAGCCUUUGACAGAGCAGCAACUGGUGGGCAUUAAUAAUUUGCAACAGUCCUCCCAACAAGCGGAAGAUGCAUUGUCUCAAGGGAUGGAAGCAUUGCAACAGUCCCUGGCUGAGACACUGUCUAGUGGCACUCUCGGUUCCUCAAGUUCAUCUGGGAAUGUGGCGAACUACAUGGGUCAAAUGGCCAUGGCUAUGGGUAAGCUAGGGACCCUUGAGGGGUUUAUACGCCAGGCUGAUAAUCUCCGGCAACAAACGCUGCAACAAAUGCACCGUAUACUGACAACACGACAGUCAGCUCGUGCCCUCCUUGCGAUACAUGACUAUUUCUCCAGGCUUCGUGCUCUUAGUUCCCUUUGGCUAGCCCGCCCCAGAGAGUGAAAACCUUGUGCUCCAAAGCUGAUCGGUAAAACUAUGUAGCUGGAAAAAAAAGAAAAAGAAAUCUCACUGCAAUAUUGACUCUCUAAUCCAGUACCAGCGAUACUUGGUCAUCAUUACAAUUUUUUCUUUUCUAAAUUUUCUUGUGUUGUAGUCACAAAAUUCCUGUGUAUCAUUGGUGUUAGUGUUGCAAUGUCCAUCAUAUUUAAAUUAUUGUAUGUUCUAGAAAUAGUAUUGUCAAGGAGCUACAUGUAUUUUGAUUGUUAUCAAUAAUAAUGUCAUUAUUUAUGCCA